AUGUCGAACUCCCCUCAGGAUGUCUUUGCGAGAUUACAGCGAAUGGCCAGCCAGGCUGGCAAAGGUGGAGGUCCAUCACCCAAAGGAAUGGGCGGCGCUGCUGGAUCUUUAAUAUUGCUGGGAGGAGCUGCCUUCGCUGCGCAGAACGCCCUGUUCAACGUCGACGGAGGUCACAGAGCUAUCAAGUACACGAGAAUAGGUGGAGUAAGCAAGCAAAUAUACGGCGAAGGCACCCAUUUCAAGAUCCCUUGGUUUGAAACCCCCAUAGAUUACGAUGUCCGCGCCAAACCUCGCAAUGUCGCCUCCUUGACCGGCACCAAGGACUUACAGAUGGUCAAUAUCACCUGUCGUGUGCUUUCCCGCCCGCGCGUCGACGCUUUGCCCCAGAUAUACCGCACACUCGGCACCGAUUAUGACGAGCGCGUGCUACCGUCGAUUGUGAACGAGGUGUUGAAGAGUGUCGUCGCGCAAUUCAAUGCCAGCCAGCUGAUUACCCAGCGUGAAAAUGUGGCGAGGUUGGUGCGGGAGAAUUUAAGCAAGAGGGCUGCGAGGUUUGACAUCAUGCUCGAUGAUGUUUCGUUGACCCACCUCGCCUUCUCCCCCGAAUUCACCGCCGCUGUCGAAGCGAAGCAAGUCGCCCAGCAAGAAGCCCAGCGCGCUGCCUUCGUCGUUGACAAGGCUCGCCAGGAGAAACAAGCCAUGGUGGUUCGCGCGCAGGGAGAAGCCCGCUCGGCCGAGCUUAUCGGAGACGCGAUCAAGAAGUCGCGCUCGUACGUUGAUCUGAAGCGUAUCGAGAAUGCGCGGGCAAUCGCACAAAUCCUACAAGAUGCCGGAGGCCGCAACAAGGUGUAUCUGGAUUCCGAGGGGCUGGGGUUGAAUGUUACGGAGGGGUACGAGGAUAAGAAGGGGAAGUAG